AUGCAACCCCUUCACUUUCUCGUAUUCAUUUUCACCACCACUGUUGCGGCUUCAAAUUCCUCGUGUUUUGACGAUGGCAACUUUGACCAAAGUUGUGAUCACAAAACAUUCAAGUUCACACCGCACUUAGGCUUAAGCGCUGUUUGCCGGCGGGCCGACGGAAAGAGCAACUUUACUACCACGUUGGGUCUGUCAAAGUGCAUUGCCUACAACACCAAGACGGGUAGAGUGGAGUGGAAGAUACCCCCGUCGUGUACGAAUUCCACCACGGCGGAUGAGAAGAAGAUGGAUAGCACACAGGGAAACUUGUCAGUCUUGGCAUCCUGA